AUGCCGAGCUAUGUAAAAUUUCUCAAGGAUAUACUUGCUAACAAAAGAAAGAUUGGGGAGAAUGAAACAAUUGCGUUAACAUAUGAAUGUAGUGCACUGUUUCAAAACAAUAUUCCCACAAAAAUGAAGUACCCUAGGAGUUUUACAUUGCUCUGCUUAAUAGAAGGGAAGAAGGUCGGGAACGCGCUGUGCGAUUUAGGGGCGAGCAUAAAUCUGAUGCCCUUAUCGAUCUUUAAAAAGUUGGAUAUUGGCAACGCAAGACCAACCACGAUCACACUACAGUUGGCCAAUAGAUCGAUAACGCAUCCUGAUGGCAAGAUAGAGGAUGUACUCGUGCAAGUGGACAAGUUCAUCUUCCCGGCAAACAUUAUCAUAUUGGAUUACAAAGCUGACAGAGAAGUACCUAUCAUCUUAGGUCGCCCAUUUCUCGCAACAGGGCGAGCGCUGAUCGAUGUGCAAAAAGGAGAACUCACCAUCAGAGUUGACGAUCAGGAAGUGAAGUUCAACGUUUUCAAUGCGUUGAAGUACCCAAGUGAUAUGGAGAGUUGCCAAUAUAUUGAGGAAUUACAGGAAGAACCGUGGCACGAACCCCUGGAAGAAAUGGAGGAAGAAGAAUUUGGAAUCAGCGCAAUUUGGGAGUAG